UCAAAACCAUGGUGAGAUCGCAGAGAAGGCAGUGAACGGGAAAGAGAUCUAACGUUUAGCUCCAACCUUCAAUAGGACGGAGACGGAGACACUUCACCGUGAGGAGCUUCUGCCGCGAACAUCUCGGGAAGCAAAUGUUAACUUUCGGAUAGUAUCGCCUGCUAGACUGUCUAGCGUUCCUGGGAGCUGGCUUUCAGCUGACUUACUGGCGUUCUGCGGUGGAAAUAGCACAAAAAAAUGUCGUCUCCGAGUCCGGGCAAAAGGCGAAUGGAUACCGAUGUGGUGAAACUCAUUGAGAGCAAGCAUGAAGUCACCAUCCUCAGUGGACUCAAUGAAUUUGUAGUGAAGUUUUAUGGACCACAAGGAAUCAUGCACAGCGCCGUACGAGGGAGGUGUGUGGAAAGUACGAGUAGAUCUUCCUGAUAAAUAUCCAUUCAAAUCGCCAUCAAUAGGAUUCAUGAACAAGAUUUUUCAUCCCAACAUUGAUGAAGCGUCAGGAACAGUGUGCUUAGAUGUCAUCAACCAGACAUGGACAGCUCUUUAUGAUCUGACCAACAUCUUUGAAUCGUUCCUGCCCCAAUUGCUGGCUUACCCAAACCCCAUCGAUCCCCUUAACGGAGAUGCAGCAGCCAUGUACCUUCAUCGGCCAGAGGAGUACAAACAAAAAAUCAAAGAGUACAUUCAGAAAUAUGCAACGGAGGAGGCUCUGAAGGAGCAGGAGGAAGGGACCGGUGACUCUUCGUCUGAAAGCUCCAUGUCGGAUUUCUCAGAAGAUGAAGCCCAGGACAUGGAGUUGUAGUAAUAAAGGGGUUCCCUCCCAAUCACUCCCUUCCUUUAACCCCCACAGAGACUAUAUUUGAUUUCCUAACCGCGAGAAAGCAGACUUAUAUUAUUCAUAUUUAAACAAUUUGAUUUUUUUAUUUUUUUUUUUUAUUGUUACUACUAAACAAGGAUUUUUAUGGAUAUAUAGCCUUUGGUGUGUUUUGACAGACGCCUCUUCCUCUCUGUAGUCAAUUACCCCAAAUAGCGUUCACAAUCUCUGCUGCAUUUGUUUGAUGUUGUAAAUUUUCCCCCAAGCAUCCAAAUUCUUUGCUCAGACAUUGCUUUAUAAAUUUGACACGGCCAACAAUUUUCUCCCUCAUAACUGGCAACAUUUUGGUUGCUGUUUCAAAGCAGUUCGCCCAAGUCACCAAAGUCCCCCAAUCUAUUUCAGACAGUAUUUGUAAAGCAGAACAUGAUAACUUUGAGACAAAAGUGGGCUUUGCUUGCAAAAUUGAAACAAACACAUCGCAGAUCCUUUCCCUGUUCCUCUCUGCUGUGCUGGUAGCGCUGCUUCCAGUUUUCUGACUUUCUAACUGCCGUCGAAAUUAAAGCAAAUAGGGCAAAACGCUUAUUUUUAUUCAGGUUACAAAGCUAUUUUAAGGCACACAACCCCAUUAGACACUCAUUAAUGAAUCCAGAAUACUUGCUAAGCAUAUCUUUGGUAACAUUAAUGAAGACAAUUCUGGAAUAACAAGGUCUUUUUCAGUUUAGGUGCUGUGUUGGAUGUUACAUAUUUUUUAGUUUAGUCUUUGACAUUCUUGGUGUAAAAAAACAGGCAGAUCUUAGAAAACAAAUGACUUCAUGUCUCAUUACAGGAUGUCAUGAGUUGCUCUGGGUAUUUGAUUUCAGCAUACAGCUUAUUUGGUCAAAAUGAGGCUCUACAGUCUUUCUGUAAUAUUAAUCAUCUGUUGGCCUGCUUUUUUUUUUUUUUUUUUUUGUAGAAUAAAAUUAUCCUCGUUAGUCAGAAAGCAGGUUUUCCAAGUUGCUGGUAGCGAAAACCAGCAUUAAAGUGUUUAACGCCGCAAAGCAGCCUAAUGGUCUUAGAGUUUUUGGGUUGAUCUAAGUGAAAAUGAAGAGUGCUUUUUGGUCUUUGGUUUUCUUGUUUGUUUGUUUUUUUGGGCCCUACAUACAGGUUAGUCCUUCUCACAUUCCACUGCUGCUAUCCAUGCCCUUUGUAAUUGGUCUGACCUGUGCUGUGUUACCCACGUGGAGGCAGUCUGCUUUUACUAAGAUCGUUGGAUUUCUUGGUCGAAGAUGACGUUUUGGGAACUAUUUUAUGUAGAAAUUGUAUUCCUGAACCUAAUAAAAAUAAAAAUCUCAGUGUGGUAGGUACAGAUGCCGAAAGAACAACUUUCCAAUCCAAAUAUAAAAUGUUUCAUACACCCCUUACUUUUAUUACUUGUACUCUUCAAAUAAUCUUUUGACUUGGUGGUAAAAAGAAGUUUUUUUUCUUUUUAAAUAAAGUGUCUGUAUGCUGCA